CAGAAGUUUUGAUACCACUUCUAACUUAGUGGUUGCUAUGGUUGCGGGUUCAUGCGGGAGAGGGAAGUGACGAGUGGGACUGUUGUUGGGACACGUGACUGGAGCUGCACUGAUCUGUUUUGACAAGAGGCAGGGAAGGAGCUCAUACAGCAGGUCUCGGUCACAGAGGGUUUGGGGUUCCAGACACCGUUGUGUUGCUGCCAAAGCUGUGUGUGUGAUAGAAACAGAGAAGAGUGGGAGGACCCUACAAGAGACCCUGAAGGCAACCUGAUGACACUGGACAACAUGAAGCCCGAGCGAGAUGCAACAGAGGAGUUUUUCGAGUAUGAUGCGGAGGAGUUCCUGGUAUUCCUGACCUUGCUCAUCACAGAGGGAAGGACACCAGAAUAUUCUGUGAAGGGCAGGACCGAGGGGCUCCACUGUCCACCAGCCCAGUCGGCUAUGCCACCUCUUCACAAGCAUGAAUGCAGUGACAAACUGCCCCAGUGUCGACAGGCAAGGCGAACCCGUUCCGAGGUGGUCCUGCUUUGGAGGAACAACAUCCCCAUUAUGAUUGAGGUCAUGCUCCUGCCGGACUGUUGCUAUGGUGAUGAAUGCCCCCCAAGUGACCCCAUCAGUGACCCGGUCAUCAAACAAGAUGCUUUGCUGCUGGAGAGAUGGACCUUGCAGCAAGUUCCAAGACAAAGUGGCGAUCGUUUCAUUGAAGAGAAAACCCUGCUGUUGGCUGUCCGCUCCUAUGUCUUCUUCUCCCAGCUCAGCGCCUGGCUCAGCGCCUCCCAUGGCAUCGUCCCCAGAAACAUCCUGUACAGGAUCAGUGCUGCUGAUGAGGAGUUGGUGUGGCAGUUCUCCCAGCCACCUUCAGAGCACAUUUUCCCCAUCCCCAAUGUAUCCCAGAGUGUUGCACUGCAGGUUCGUGUCCAAUCGCUCCCCCGACAGCCUACCUACCCCACCCUAGCCUGCAGCAUCCAUACUGGCCUGCCUCCACUUUACAGCAAGACCCCCAGCUUCAACCCAAACCUCACCAGCCACGGUGGCUUGCCCACCUUCAAAACAAGCCAGGACCCCAGCAAAGACAACCUCCUUCACAACACUAAUAUGUACAGCAAAAGCUCCAACUCCAUGUCUGGCCUUCUCCUCAAUGGAUUACCCAUUCCUAAUCUUCCUAUCAACAACAUCCCCAUCAAUACUGCUGUGCCACCUCCCUACAGCAAGAAGAGCCAGGAGCCUGAUGAAAACCACACAUAUCAGAAUGGAGAGCUUCCCCAGGUUAACAUCCCCCAGCGCCAGGGCUCUCCACUGUGCCACAGAUCCUCUCACUCCCCCACGCCCUCCCGCUCCCACUCCCCAUCUCAACUUCUCACAAGUAAAGCGGGGAAGUGGCUUUACUCGGCCCUCAAUAGUUCACCUGACCCCACACAAGUAGAGGACUAUGGGUCUGGCACCAACAGCAAUGAAAGGUCAAAGGGAGCCAUCCCUGAACCACUGAGAGCUUUUAAGAAUUUUUCCUUGAAUGAGCCACCUUGCUGCCCCUCCCCAAGAACCACUGCAACUGAAACAAACCCCCUGAUUGGCUCCCUGCUGCAGGAGAGACAGGAAGUUAUUGCCCGCAUUGCACAGAGGCUCAACUUCUGUGACCCAUCAGCACCACCUCUCCCUCCUGGCCUCUUUACUUCUGACAACCCUCCCAAAGCCAUGUGGGCCAGUAACCAUGAUGACAUAACUGCCAGUAAGACCAAAGAACCUGAGGUACCACCCUGUGAGUCUGUUGGACGUGUGUGGCCCAGCGCCUUCAACACACCCAUGACUGACACUUCUUUCAACAAGCGGGAGAGCUCGUCCCCUAAACCUGCAGCCUGCAGGAAGCUGAAGAUGAUUGAGACAAGAGAGAGACAGGAGGAGAAGAAUGCAGAGAAGGAGCGAGACAGAGAAAAUGAGAGAGACAGGAAAAGAGAGAGAGAUAGCUUCCUCAUUGCCCAGGCAGUACAAGACAUCACUAGACUCAUCCAGGAGAGACUGUCUGUCCCCUCUCUGUCCCCCAGGCACAGCAGAAGCGGCAGCCCUCUGCACCACACACACACAACAACAGUCACGCACACUGUCCGCACAUACUCGAACACCACACACAUCCCACAAGCAGUACCCAGCCACGAAGCUUACAGAAGCAGCGUGCACAGCGCUGCCACACACGCACCCGUUUGCACAGACAAGCCCGGAGAUGAUCUGGGGACCGAAUGCCAUUCUCCCCGGGCCCAAAAUGGUGCUCACUUUACACUUGAAGAACCCUCAUUCAAAGGCCAGUCCCACACCCAGGCUGGUCAGUGUUUACGAACUCCCCCACAGGAAAAGCUCCGAGUCAGGACACCCUGCAGCCAUGACACCCCCUCUGCCUCCCCCGUCCUCGAGAACAGCCCAAGGAAUGCCCAGAUUUUUAGCUGGACUUGCAGUGAUGCCGGCCUAGCCAUGAACUGUAACAUAAGCCAGAGCCAGAGCAAGCCUCAGCCUCAGUCCCAGAUGCAGAUGCAGACCUGUGCACAAGCCCAGGCUUCUGCCCUCCAGGAUGAGAACCAGGCACACUCAGAGUCUGGACACCCCAGCACCUCCAGUCCUGACAUCACUCCCCCUCCUACUGUAUUGCGUGCUCACAGCCCCUCCCCUCUGCGUCCCUGCAACAGCUGGAAGAAACAGAAUCGUCACUCAUUAGACGCCACAGCGACCAAGGCCUUCCACCCCUGCACUGGACUGCCACUGCUCUCUAGCCCUGUUCCUCAGAGGAAAAAUCAAACAGGCUACUUUGACCUGGACACCUCCUUGGUUGGCUGUAAGGGUUUGCCUUGGGCCUCUGGGAAAAGGAUAUGUCCAAAGAGAGAGGGCUACACAGAUGAGUCCCAGCAGCUGUUCAGUGCCAGUGCUCCACCUGCCAGUCUCAGUCUGCUGGGAAACUUUGAGGAGUGUGUGUUGAACUACCGCCUGGAGCCUUUAGGGACAGUGGAGGGUUUCACAGCAGAGGUUGGAGCUAGUGGGUCCUUCUGCCCCAGUCACCUGACCUUACCUGUGGAUGUGUCUUUCUACAGUGUUUCCGAUGACAAUGCUCCUUCACCAUAUAUGGGUGUGAUAAACCUGGAGUCCCUGGGGAAAAGGGGCUACCGUGUACCUCCAUCAGGAACCAUUCAAGUGACCUUAUUCAACCCCAACAAGACAGUGGUAAAGAUGUUUGUUGUGAUGUACGACCUACGAGGCAUGCCAGCUGGACAUCAGACCUUUCUACGCCAGAGGACCUUCUCUGUUCCCGGCCGCCGUGACACAAACAAUCAGACCAGCAGGAAGCCCCUCACCCUGGGCCAGGGGCGCACCUUGCGCUACCUCGUUCAUCUGAGGUUCCAGAGCUCCAAGUCUGGGAAGAUCUACCUCCAUAGAGACAUCCGUCUGCUGUUUUCCAGGAAAUCCAUGGAGGUAGACAGCGGUGCUGCCUAUGAGCUCCAAUCCUUCACAGAGUCCCCCAUUGACCCGCCGUUCUCUCCCCGCUGCUGACUCCUGACUGCGCCACCGGACCGGCCACAACUGAAGCUUCAGUCAUAUCUCGAUGCCAGCGAUAGACUGUUACUCAGCCUGGUAGCUUGUGGCUAGUAUUUGACUAGAGAAGAGGUUUAAAGACAGCAGCCAACAAGAAUCACCUGGCCUGUGUCCAGAAUUGAAACUUUCUUCUCUUCUGUCACUCAGAACUGACAAAGCGCUAGGAGCCUGGGAGAACCAUGUUCUCUUUUAUGUGCAGUGAUUUUGAAUUGGAGGGGUUGGGUCAAAGUUUAUAGUUAUUGGGAAUUCUUCAGACCCUGUUCUCCAGGGUAAGAAAGCCUUACCAGAUUUGAUAUGUUUCUUUUUCAUGCUGUUGUGUGUAGUCCCUCCAGCGUCUGGCAGGAGAGGAGAGGCCAGUGAUUGUCUACAGAAGCAGUUAGACUCUGAAAUGAUUUCAAGAGUUCAGGCUACUUUACUCUGCUUACUCAAAUCAAAAUGUUAAUUGGACUUUUACAUGACAUAACGAGUAAUCUUAAGACCUUUUUAAUGGUAAAAGAGUUUUUUAAUCCUUGCCUGAUUGGUUGAACUGAAGGUGAACUCAACUUUGACCCAGCGAUUCCUGAGCUCAGAGCAGAGGUUGUGCAUAUGGAAUAGGAACCAUGGUGGCAGACUGUCAUCCCCUGGUCCAAAAGAAAAACUCAUACCAUGCACCAGUAAAGAAAUCGAACAAUCAGUCAAGCUCAAUUCAACUGAAAGCAUCACAGCAGAACAUCAAAAGUGCACUGUGGAUUUUUUUUCUCAUUAUAACUGGAAAUUAAACUGAAAAUAGUAAUAUUCUAAUACUUUUGUACUGUUACAGAACCACUUUAAUGGAAGUGUUGCAAUAGGAAGAGUAACCUUAGUUUAGUGUUUACACAUUCAUUUUCAGUUUACUUACAUUAGUUUAUUUAAUAUUUAAAUUAAUAUUUCAGUUACUACCUGUGACAUCUGUCAUGCUAAGAUGUAGUGCAAACUGUAUAUCAUAGUAUGUAUUUUUGACAUUAAUAUUCAAAUCUGAGAAAAUAUAUCUAUAUAUCUUCUAAAGCAAUCUUGAAAUCUGCUGUCUCUGAGUUUUUUUUGUUUUCAUCAUGUUUCGUGUUGUCACCGUUGUAGUACUCAAAUCCGACUUAAGUCCUGAUUUUCAAGACUUGUGACUCCAAUUGGAUUUCAGCACUAAUGACUCAGACUCGAACACAGACUGCAUUCAGACUCGGAAGUUGGAGACUCAGACUCAUACUUGUUUGUUUUUUGUAAUAGGCCAUAAUAAUUUGGCGUAAGAUAUUGACACUGAUAUUCACACUGUUCACUUCUAAGUGUGUGUAUGUGUGUGCGCACUUACUGUAUGAGUGCAUUUGUUUAGCUAUUGUGUCACACACAGAAAG